CCGAGCUUUUCCAUUUUUUUCUAUCUCACUCAACAACUAUGGACCCCACCUACAUUCCACCACCGUUACCAGAAAAAUCUCCCCCACCACCACCACCGCCACCGCAGAACCCUUACACUCCUACUGCAAUAAUCGAUGCAUCGCCCGUCGAUUGUUACCAGAAAGACGAGUCGAGUAUGAACGGAAACACGAAUAACUUCAAGGCACUGGUGUCGCAGCUCACCGGGGGAUUAUUACCAGCUCAUCAAUCGCUUAUCGAAAGACGCUUAGAUGAUAUUUUCCCGGAUGAGCCUCGCGUCCCCGAUCACCCUCCUUAUGCCGAUAUGAUACUAACAGCACUUUGGGAGUUAAACACAGAAGGUGGUUCAAGUGAGGAAGCCAUUUCCAACUUCAUUAAGAAGGAAUACCAUGAAUUACCAUGGGCACAUGCUACAAUCCUAAAUCAUCACAUCAGAGAUCUUCGCAUGAAGGGAAAAAUCGUCAUGACACAUGAUAGAACAUAUUUACGCUCUCUACCCAGCUCAUCUUCAACUUCAAGCUCCAUUUCAAGUCCUUCUUCUAGCUCCUCAUCAGAUAGUGAUUGGCCUAGCCCUACUUCAUCCAGCUCUAGCAUGGGUUUCGGCCUUCCUCACAGAAAACACAAAAAGAAAAAGAGGGAGAGAAAGAAGGGUAGAAGGGUUAAGAUGGUUCAGGUCAGGGGUAGGGGUAGGGGUAGGGGUAGGGGUAGGGGUAGGGGUAGAGGUAGGGGUAGAGGUAGGGGUAGGGGUAGGGGUACACAACCCAUGUUGAUUCAAGUAACUUCAGAUCAAAAUGAAGUUACAGAUAUGGAGGUUGAAGAAGAUGAUAGUGAUGGAAAAAAGAAGGGAGAAGUGGUAGGAUUGAGGCGAUCAGGAAGAAGGAGAAAUAGUGUUAGUGAGGAACAGAAGGUAGGGGUAAAAGAGGAAUAUCAACAACAGUCUGAUGAUGUCAUCAAUAGUGAUGGUGAUGAAGUAGAUGAGUAUGUUGAAUGUAUAAAACAUGAAGAAGAAAAAGUAGUGAGAAAUGUUGAACAUGAGGAGCAAGAAACAGAAGUCAAUCAACAACCAAUUCAUCUACAAGAACAGUGUGUUGAAGAGACUAAUGAAAAACUUGAAUCUUGUGGUCAAAAUUUGUUGAAAAAUGAGUCAACUGAAGAGCAACCUCAACACAAAGAACAAGAAUCAGAAGUAAAUCAAGAACCAAUAAUUCCACAAGAACAAUGUGUUGAAAGGACUAAUGAGGAACAACAAACAGAAGUCAAUCAACAACCAAUGCGUCUGCAAGAACAAUGUCUUGAAGAGAUUAAUGAAAAACUUGAAUCUUUUGGUCAAGAUUGUCUGAAAAAUAAGUCAACCGAAGAGCAAAUUCAACAUGAUGAACAAGAAUCAGAAGUAAAUCAAGAACCAAUGAUUCCACAAGAACAAUGUGUUGAAAGGACUAAUGAGGAACUUGAAUCUUGUGGUCAAGAUUUGCUGAAAAAUGAGUCAACCAAAGAGCAACCUCAGCAUGAAGAACAAGAAACAGAAGUAAAUCAGAAAGAAAGUGGAGUAGUUGUGAUGGAAACCGAUGAACAAAUUGAUCCACAAAUAGAAGUUGAAGUUUCUGAAGAUGGAAAUCAAGAAGAGCAACUAAACAAAGGGAAUGAGAAAGACACUGAAGAACAAGGUGAUGUAAAAAACAAAGAAACUGUAAUAACAUCUGAACUGCAACUCAAACGUAAAGAAUCUAAACCCAGAAAGCCAGUUCUUAAAGUCGUACUAGGUUUAAUGAAGGUUGAAAGUAGAUCCCAAGGUAACACUGUUGUAGGAAAAAGUCGACCACAAACACCAUUAAAAGAAGGUGUUGUAAGAAAAAGACAACGACAAACACCAUCAAAAGAAGGUGUUGUAAGAAAAAGUCAACCAAAUACACCAUUAAAAGAAGGUGUUGUAGGAAAAAGUCAACCACAAACACCAUUAAAAGAAGGUGUUGUAGGAAAAAGACAACGAAAAACACCAUUAAAAAAAGCUGUUGUAGGAGAAAGUCAACCACAAAAACCAUUACAAGAAGAUGUUGUAGGAGAAAGUCGAACACAAACACCAUUACAAGAAGGUGUUGUAGGAGAAAGUCAACCACAAACACCAUUAAAAGAAGUUGGUGUAGGACAAAGUCAACUGCAAAAACCAUUACAAGAAGGUGUUCUAGGAAAAAGUCAAUCACAAACACCAUUAAAGGAAGGUGUUGUAGGAAAAAUUCAACCACAAAAGCCAUUGCAAGAAGGAGUUGUAGGAAAAAGUCAACCAGAAAAACCAUUGCAAGAAGGCGUUGUAGGAAAAAGUCAACCAGAAAAGCCAUUACAAGAAGGUGUUGUAGGAAAAAGUCAACCAGAAAAGCCAUUAAAACAAGGUGUUGUGGGAAAAAGUCAACCAGAAAAACCAUUAAAAGAAGGCGUUGUAGGAAAAAGUCAACCAGAAAAGCCGUUACAAGAAGGUGUUGUAGGAAAAAGUCAACCACAAAAACCAUUCCAAAAAGGCGUUGUAGUAAAAAGUCAACCAGAAAAGCCAUUAAAAGAAGGUGUUGUAGGAAAAAGUCAACCAGAAAAACCAUUACAAGAAGGUGCUGUGGGAAAAAGUCAACCAGAAAAACCAUUAAAAGAAGAUGUUGUAGGAAAAAGUCAACCAGAAAAGCCAUUACAAGGUGUUGUAGGAAAACAUCAACCACAACAACCAUUCCAAGAAGGCGUUGUAGUAAAAAGCCAACCAGAAAAGCCAUUAAAAGAAAGUGUUGUGGGAAAAAGUCAACCCGAAAAACCAUUAAAAGAAGGUGUUGUAGGAAAAAGUCAACCACAAACACCAUUAAAAGAAGUUGGUGUAGGAAAAAGUCGAUCACAAACACCAUCAAAAGAAGGCGUUGUAGGAAAAAGUCAACCACAAACACGAUUAAAAGAAGGCGUUGUAAGACAAAGUCAACCGCAAAAACCAUUAAAAGAAGGCGUUGUAGGAACAAGUCAACCACAAAAACCAAUACAAGAAGGCGUUGUAGAAAAAAGUCAACCACAAAGACCAUUACAAGAAGGCGUUGUAGAAAAAAGUCAACCACAAAAACCAUUGAAAGGUGUUGAGAAAAUUGAGAAGAAGAGACCAGUGAGACAAGGAUUAAGGUCUAGCAUCAAGAAACAAGAGACAACUCCAAUUCCAAAGAAAAAAGAAGAACAAGUGGUUCCGGUUCGAAGAAUCUUGAGGUCUAAUAAUACAGUUGCAGAAGCAAUAAAUGAGGAUCCCGAUUCUUCAAAAGAGCAACAAGAAGAUUCAGGACGAACGAGGUCCUCCAAGAGAAUAUCAAAAACUUCUGAAGCAGAACAACUGUCAAACUCAAAGAAGACUAGAAGGAUCUGAUUUAUGAUCACUCCAGAAAAUGAGAAUGAUAUUAUUUCAUUCUUUGUUGCUGCUCCUUGGAUUUUCAUCUUUUUGAAGGUGGCAGGUAUUGGAAUUUCUUAGGUAUGAUUAUUUUGUUGUAAUCAUGUAUGUUUGUAAUUUGUGUAACGUUUGUUUAAUUAGCAUGGAGAGACUGAUCUGUAUCAGUAUGUAUGCAAUUGAUGAUGUUUGUAAAUUGUAUCUGUAAGAGAUAUUUGUUGUAAAAUCGGGGUUUUCCGAUGAAAUAUCAUUAAGAUUUAAGAGCA